AUGUCUGACAAUGAUCAUUCUUGGUACGAUUACUUUCAACAGCAUCCUCCAAAUAACAAUAAUAACGAGGAAUGCGAUGAACCAAAUGUCUACGUUGUAGCCAAAGCAGGCGUUUGUCUUUUCGAAGCUUGGGGGCAAUUCAUUCCCUAUUUUGAUGCUUUGACUCCAAGCGAUAUGUCAAAUUGGCCUAGUGUGGUGGCACUCCGAGGUAGAAAUUGUGUGGUCGCUUCCCAGACUGAAUUGGACGAGUGGUAUGCUGACAAUAACACGGACGAUGUUUAUCCCGAUGACUGUCGUUGUGAAUUUUGUGUGGAAGGCAAAUGUACCUUGCAUUGGGGAAGUACCAAAAAAUGCCUAUCCACCAAAGAAAUUCAGUUUCCACAAGCCAUGGAUUUGGACGAACUGCGAUACGGAUUCGGAAUGUCGGGUUUACACGAGGACGGAGCGAAGUUUGCAAUUUCCAAGCACGAAGAAUUCCGUGAAGGUGGUUUGGUUGAACCUCCAGAUGAUUGGUACGAUUACUUUCAACAACAAUUUCCAAAGAGCAACGAAUGCAGUAAAUGGCAUGGCUUUGUUGUAGCCAAAGCAGGCGUUUGUCUAUACGAUGAUUGGGAGUCCUUGAUUCCCUAUUUUGAUAGUUUGGCUCCAGGCAUGGCAAAGUCGCCUGAUGUGGUGGCACUUCGAGGGGAAAAUUGUUUGUUCGCUUCCCAAGAUGAAUUCGACGUGAUAUAUGGCAGCAAAGACGAAGAUUUUGAUGUCAAGGAUUGCUAUUGUGUACUUUGUGUGGAAGGCAAAUGUGUCAUGCAUUGGGGAUUUACCUACAAAUGCCUACACACCACCGAACUUGUUGAAUUUCCACAAGUCAUGGACUUGGACGAUCCUCAAUACAAAUACUUGGCCGAGUAUGGAACGGAUGUGGGACAUUCUCCCAAACACCAAGAAGGUCACGGAAGUGCUCUGAUUAAAGGCGAAAAUUCUCUUUCCAAUGCCAGUAAUCUCUCGAGUGUUACUCUAUUCUGGCUGCUGGUAUCCAUCUUUACCGUUGUAUCCUUAAUCGUUGGAUUAUUGAGCUGUGAAACAACCAGACGACUCUGGAAUCGGCGACAACGCUUGGCCCGUGCUGCGCCCUACUACCGAUCCAGCAAUGGGAGUUUUUGUUGCGGCUGUGGAGGAAUGAUGCAAGAUGAUGAUGAUGAUGAUGAUGAUGAUGGUAAUUCUUCUUCUGAAUUGGACCCACUCUCUGUGGAACUGACUCCGAUCCUCAACGAUCGUCCCAUCUGUACACCAUUCCAUUUGCGAAAUAAGUAG